CACGGCAGCAGCAGCGAGAGAGACGUGUGCUGCUGGAUAGGUCGCGAAAAAUUGUCGGGGAGACGACCCAUGACGAGCGACAUGUCAGAGCACGGAUACUGGGGCCCGGUGACGGCGACGAUAGAUUGGUGCGAAGAGAAUUACGCGUGGUCUUACUUCAUUGCGGAAUUCUGGAACACGGCGAGUGAGCUCAUUGGCCAUUUUUCUCGCGGGCGUGUUUGGAUGGUUUAUGGCCGUCGCCGACGAUCUCGAGAUAAGGUUCCAGGUCUCUCAGCUCCUGGUGGCGAGUGUUGGUAUCGGCAGCGCCUGCUUCCACUGCACCCUGAGGCAUGCGGAGCAGCAAUGCGACGAGACCCCGAUGGUCUUGGCUAUGCUGAACUGGUUUCACGAGCUAUUCGCGGACACAUGGGAGAGCAACAGAUUUCUUAGAGAGGCGAUGCCGGUGCUGCUAGUCGUGUACGGUCUGGGGUUUGCUCUCUUGCACAACACGUAUCGCUGGACGACCGGAUUCCAGAUACACUUCAUCGUGUGGGGCCUCGCCAACCUGGCAAGGUGCAUCUACGUGAGCCGCGAGAAGGGAGUUGAUCCUGCCACGGUUUUGCUCAAGAGGGCGGUGAUGUCAACCGCAUUGGCUUCCUUCUUUUGGGCGACUGACUUCCACUUCUGCAGCCACCUUCAGAGCGGACCAAUGCCGAACCCCGAAGGACACGCCUGGUGGCACGUGCUAAUUGCGUAUGCGAUCCUACAAUGCACCUUGUUCUCCAUAUACCGGCGAUGCAUCCAGCUAGGCAAGCCGGUGGCAAUCGUUUUCAAGGGGCCUUUCAGACUUUGGCCGACCGUACGGGUGGUUUAGCCGUCGUCGUCGGGAUCGAAACCGCUCACUCGAUGGUCAACGACACAGAGGCAAGGGAGCGUUUGACACGAGCAAGAUGUGUCCAGGUGGAGGAAAUCUCAUCAACGACCUUGCUGUCAUCAGCGGCUGCUUCGUCUCGUCGAAUAAAAUGUCGAGUUGAACAGGGAGGUAGUUCGACCCUCUUACUGCUGCAAGUAAGCCCGUUGGAUUUGUCACUCGGUGUGUGCUAAGACUACAUGUAGGUACUGCGUACGUGUUGUUGCUUCCAACGCUGGACAACCACUGCAGGAAUUAAAGCUCAGGACACGUAAUUGUAAGUCCCGUCAUUGAAAAUCUGGAUUCGAAUGAGGGUUGAGGUGUAGGGUGGGGGCCGGCACAUAGCUUGUCUAUAGACCACCACAGUUUCCCGUCACUUACGUCCAUUUGCUACCGGAUGGAUGGGAGGCGUUUAUGACACCAUCUCGGGAACUGGGCGUCACGAUUGAUUGGCGCCUCUCAGCCACCAAGCUCGUCGUCAGUACCUGCUCAUUGAAGACAUGCUCCUCGUUUUAUUCGUCAGACUUGUCUCCGUAUAUAUAUUCCUUGGUUGUGUGUAAUGUAAAGAGUGGCUUAGGGUUUAGGGUUGAGGGUUGGUUUGCAUCUGAGACAUAUCGGUCUCAAGUCACACCUCACUACCUUGCGAAGUAACGUUGCAUCUAUCAUAUCUUUCCAAGAAGGCAAAUGAACGCGUGUUGCCGCGGUACAUGUAACGUACAAGGCAUGUAUGUAACGUGUGAAUGUCCCAAAGCUACCCAGCAGUUGUAUCUCGUUUCGUCUGUCUGUGUCUUUUCUUUGGCCUCAUUCGAAGUUGGGAUUCAGAUUCUGGCAUCCCUUCAUCUGGGCCGCGACGAGGGUCCGACUGAUGUACCAGGCACUUCAAGUAUUAAAUUGGCGAUUGAGAACCUUUUGCUUGGAUCUCUCCCCAGUUGUGUUUAUAGUAGGUUUGGGUUUCCUUGGUUGUUAUCUGGGAAUUGUUGCGUGUUGUAUAGAGCAUGGUUCAAUCUGUGUCGCCGUGUGAAGGUACACGCAAGAAGAGAGAGAGCGAGAAGAAUGCACCAUUGCUUCAGUCGGGCAAGACUAAAGCUCUGCAAUCUUGGACGGCGAUUGCAGAGUCGACGACAUCAAUCCGUCUAUUUGUCUUGGCCUAUUCGGGUGGGUUACUAUUUCUUGGAGGGGCGUUGGGUCUGCCUUUUGCUUGGUUUCCCUCGUCCCUCUUCCGGAUUGCACGGUCUCUUGGCACGGAAGUUCAUGAAAUUCCCUAAAAUUGUGCAGAAACCUGCAUGGAUGGUGAGUCAAGUUGGAGUAGGAAGGUGCGGUCUAGGCUCUCUAGUACUACGGUAUUCCGCGUAGGUUUGACAUACUGUUUCUUGUUUGUUAUGGUAUGGAACCCCCCCCUGUUGAAAAUUUACCACUCGUAGCUGGAUAACUCACCCCCGAUCAGUGCGGGUGAUAGAUAGCCUGACGUUCUCCCGACCUGUUGAAAACGAACAGUGUUUACUGACGGGCUUCGAUCUAAACUAUGUACAC